AUGGUCUCCAGUGAAUUGGCAAUAGGAGUGAUAUUCUUAUCCCAAACCAUAGUUGGAUUCCUGGGAAAUUUCUUUCUUCUUUACCAUUACAGUUUCUUCUGUAUCACUGGAUUCACUUUGAGGUCUACAGAUCUGAUUAUGAAGCACCUGGCUGUUGCCAACUCCUUGGUCAUACUCUUUAAAGGAAUCCCACAUGCACUGACCACUUUUGUGUUGAAGCAAUACCUGAGUAAUAUUGAGUGUAAAGUUUUCUUCUAUAUUCACAGAGUGGGCAGGGGUGUGUCUUUGGGAAGCACUUGCCUCUUGAGUAUCUUCCAGGCCAUCAUCAUGAGCCCCAGGAACACCAGGUGGGCAGAGCUGAAGCUACAAGCUCCCAAAUACAUUAGAACUUUCAGCAUCCUGUGCUGGAUCUUGAACAUGCUGGUCAAUAUCCCUGUUCAUGUGUAUAUAACUGCCAAGUGGAACAGCAAAAAUGGCACUAAGAAAAUUGAUUAUGGAUACUGUUCUUGGACUGUUAGCAAUAGGGCUGCACGGCCACUACACACCUUACUGUUUUCAUUCUAUGAUAUUUUGUGUUUGGGACUCAUGACCUGGGCCAGUGGCUCCAUGGCUGUGAUCCUGUACAGGCACAAGCAGCAAGUCCAACACAUUCAUGGGACCAACCUCUCCCCGAGACCAUCCCCCGAGUCCAGGGCCACCCAGAGCAUCCUUAUCCUAGUGAGCACCUUUGCAUCAUUUUACACCCUCUCCACAAUCUUUUCAUUAUAUAUGUCUUUUUACAACCCAGGUUCAUGGGUAGGGGACACCUCUUCACUAAUCACUGCUUGUUUUCCUACAGUAAGCCCCUUCGUUCUCAUGAGUCGUGACCCCAGGAUAUCCAGGCUUGGCUCUGCCUGCUACAGGAGAAAGACACAGUUCUCUGAGUUGGUCAGAUAG